AUGCCUCUCAAUGCUACUUAUCUCAGCGCCGAAAUUCAGAAUGAGCUCCUGAACGUGACAGCGGAAAUAAUUCGGGAACAAAUUGCGGAGGAGGUGAACUCUGCAGGAUUGGCCACAAUCAUUGUGGAUGAGAGUAAAGACGUCUCAAAGAAAGAACAAAUCAGCAUUUGCUUGCGAUAUGCCGAAUACAAAGAAGCAGAGGGACAUAUCUUGCAUGAGGAAUUCUUAGACUUUCAUGAAGCAGAUGAUCUUGACGCCAAGUCACUUUCCAACCAGAUAGUGCGAGAAGUUGGUAAACUUGGCUUGAGAAAAUUUGACAUUGUGGGCCAGUGCUAUGAUGGUGCGAGUGUUAUGUCUGGACAUCUGAGUGGAGUACAAGCACGACUGAAAGAACAUUUUCCGAACGCCCAGUAUGUCCACUGUCAUGCGCACAGGCUCAAUCUGGUCCUUGUGGAUAUGUGUAAAAACGUGAGUUCUGCCGGCGAGUUCUUUGUCUUGUUGGAAGCGUUGUACGUCUUCAUGACCCGUUCCCUCGUCCAUAAAGUUUUUGUAGACUACCAGCAACGAGCCAAGUGUCGAGUUAAAGAACUCGUCCGACUGAGUGACACGCGGUGGGUUUGUCGUUACCAGUCGCUUUCUACUUUGAAGACGCGGUAUAGUUAUAUACUUGAGGUCUUGGAGCAUUUCUGUGACUCACAAGAAUCGAAACGAGAUCCGAAACUCGUGGUUGAAGCUCGAGGACUUCUCAAUCAAGCGAUGAGCGUUUCAUUCGUCACUCACUUGGAAGUGUUGAUGACAUUGCUGUCUCACUCCCAGGCACUCAGUGAGACCUUGCAAGCCAAUGACGCCAACUUAGGGAAUGCUGUGACCAUGAUCAACUCUGUGAUAUCAAUUGCCGAGGAAACACGGGCAUCUGGGUGGCCUGAUUUAGUGCAAGAUAUCACUCGGAUUUGUGAGGACAACAACAUCCCUACAGUGCCGCAACCAAAGCGCCGGAGGAAGCAACGAACCUUUGAUGAUAGUUUCCUCAUGGCUUCGACUGGUCAUCGGAGUCAAUCAGAGGCUGAGUCAAGUGCUGAGUUCCUUGAUGACCUUCGUGUCAACACCUUUCUCCCUAUACUGGAUGCAUUCAAAUCUGAGAUGACCAGGCGUUUCUCUGCAUCCAACAUUGCAAUCAUGCAAGGUGUUGACGCGCUACUGACACCUUCCUCUGUCAACUUCCUCAAAUUCUCUGCUGUCGAACCCUUUGUUGAACUAUACACAGAUUCUCUGGAUGUGGACGUUCAGCUACUGAAGGCUGAAAUGAUAAUGGCCAGACAAAAUUAA